AUGGUUAAAGCAGUUGCCGUCCUCCGUGGGGACUCCAAGGUCUCCGGCCAAGUGACUUUCGAGCAAGCCUCCGAGUCCGCUCCCACCACCAUCACUUGGGACAUCUCUGGCAACGACGCCAGCGCCGAGCGUGGCUUCCACAUCCACACUUUUGGCGACAACACCAACGGAUGCACCAGCGCUGGUCCUCAUUACAACCCGUUCAGCAAGACUCACGGUUCCCCAACCGACUCUGAACGCCACGUUGGCGACCUUGGAAACAUCAAGACCGAUGCUCAGGGCAACGCCAAGGGCAGCGUCAGCGACAGCCUGGUCAAGCUGAUUGGUGAACACAGCAUUCUCGGACGAACUGUCGUCGUUCACGGUGGCACCGAUGAUCUCGGCCGAGGUGGUAACGAGGAGAGCAAGAAGACGGGCAACGCCGGUCCGCGACCUGCAUGCGGCGUCAUUGGUAUCGCCGCAUAA